GCCCCGGCCCGCUUCGCCCCGCCCUGUGGCGCCCGAGCGGGGAGGCGGUGGCGGCGGCUGUGGCGUUGGCGCCUGCGCAGCCGCCUCUCGCCCAUCCAGUGCGGCAGCCGCGGGUGGAGAGCCGCAGCGGCGGCGGCUGGCGGGAGCGCGUCCCCUCGCUGAGGGGCGGCGGGGCAGCGCCCGGGCGCGGGCAGCGGUAGGGGAGCCGGCACUGCUCCCGGCGCGCUGCAGGCCGCCGCUGAGGCGUGGUGCGGUGAGGCGCGGCGGGCUGCGCAGCGUUUUGGGGCUGGUCCCCGGCGUUUUGACAUCUCGGCGCCUCUGCCGGGGCCGGGUAGGGCCGUAUCCCGGCCUGCUGCGGCGGCCUUGCUGGCGGCUCCCGGCCUGCGCCGAGGGGCUGGCGGCGGUCUGGGAAGCCCACCCCUGGCCCGAGGGUCUCCCCAGGGAAGGGGGGGCCGGGGCCGCCGGGGGCCGUUUUUCGGAGGGUGGGAGGCGGCGGCGUAAGUGAAUUGAGACAAAGAGCGAGGAGGAGGAGGAGGAAGAAGAAGAAGAGGACACUCGGGCUCUGCUACAUUCCUGUGCGGAGGAAGGCGGGAGGCGGCGUUAGCCCUUUACGGACAGCUGGGUUCAGCGCUGCCCUCAGCUGCUGUCGGCGUAUUUACAGACGUCUCUCCCGGCCGCGGGAGGAGGAGGAGGAAGAACCAUGUAAGUUCCCGAUUGUCAGGGGUCCUGUGAGAAGAUGGGGGAUGCCGUAGACGCCAAGGAGAUGAGGAAGACUUUCAUUGUUCCUGCCAUCAAACCCUUUGACCAUUAUGAUUUCUCUCGAGCGAAAAUCGCCUGUAAUCUCGCCUGGCUGGUGGCCAAAGCCUUUGGGACAGAAAACGUUCCACAAGAACUAAGAGAACCAUUUUACACAGACCAGUAUGACCAGGAGCACAUUAAACCACCUGUUGUUAACUUGCUGCUGUCUGCAGAACUCUACUGUCGUGCUGGUAGCCUUAUUCUCAAGAGUGAUGCUGCAAAACCGCUUCUAGGUCAUGAUGCUGUUAUACAAGCCCUGGCACAAAAAGGCCUUUAUGUUACUGACCAAGAAAAGUUGGUGACUGAACGAGAUCUUCACAAAAAACCAAUUCAGAUGAGUGCUCACUUGGCCAUGAUCGAUACUCUUAUGAUGGCGUACACCGUAGAGAUGGUCAGCGUUGAGAAAGUCAUUGCAUGCACUCAACAGUAUUCAUCCUUCUUCCAAGCUACAGAUCUACCUUAUGAUAUUGAAGAUGCUGUCAUGUACUGGAUAAACAAGGUAAAUGAACAUUUGAAAGACAUAAUGGAACAGGAACAAAAACUAAAAGAGCAUCACAGUGCAGAAUCUGCAGGAGUUCAAAAGUCUCCUACCAAAUGGUUUUGGAAACUGGUUCCUGCUCGUUACAGGAAGGAGCAGACGUUGCUUAAACAGCUGCCCUGCAUUCCAUUGGUGGAGAAUCUGCUGAAAGAUGGCACAGAUGGUUGUGCUUUAGCAGCUUUGAUUCACUUCUACUGUCCAGAUAUCGUUAAACUGGAGGAUAUUUGUUUGAAAGAGACAAUGUCUUUGGCUGACAGUCUGUAUAAUCUACAGUUGAUUCAAGAAUUUUGUCAGGAAUACCUUAACCAGUGCUGCCAUUUCAGUCUUGAGGAUAUGCUCUAUGCAGCUUCUUCAAUAAAGAGCAACUACAUGGUGUUCAUGGCAGAAUUGUUCUGGUGGUUUGAAGUGGUGAAGCCGUCAUUCGUACAGCCUCGUGUUGUUGUGCAUCCUCAAGCUGAACCUGCAAAAGAUGCAGCUUCUGCUCACAGCUUGAAUGCUAACAGAAGAAACUAUGUGGAUGGCCCAUCCCGUUCUGACUUCGUAGGCAGGUUGGAAAGUCCAACUUAUACACCAUCUCACCAACUGCAUACACCCCAGCAGCCUCAUUCAUCUGUUCCAGGAAUCAUCAGAAGGUCCACAUCAAUGUCUUAUGUAGAUGGAUAUGUAGGGACAUGGCCCAAAGAAAAAAGGUCAUCAUUGCAUGGAGUUUCAUUUGACAUUUCUUUUGACAAAGAAAAAAGCAUUCCAGUAUCUACUCCAAACAAAGGAAUUACUAGAUCUGUGAGCAAUGAAGGCCUUACACUAAACACCAACCGCAUGCCAAAGCAUACUAGAAAAAAUCUGUCCUUCAAACCAGUAAAUGGAGAAGAGGAAAAUCAAGAUAUUGAAGAGGAAAAGGACACAAUAGCUCAUAAAGACAGAAAGGCCAAUCAGUCUCUUAACACAAAUCAAAAAAAUGCCAAUGAGAGCAGCCACUACAGGUUUCCAAAUGGAGCUCUGCAAAACAGGGCAGUUCUGGAUGAUUUUGGCAAUCGGAUUGAGACACCAAGCAUUGAAGAGGCUUUGCAGAUAAUUCACAACACUGAAAAAUCUCCCAGAGUUAUCCCGUCAGACCAAAUUACAAAUGGGUUCUUUCUUCACAAUCAGGAAAUGAGCAUCUUGAAUUCAAACAUAAAACCAAAUCAGUCUACUGCUGAUGUAAUUACAGACACAAAAGGUGCUCUAAGUCCUGUGACUGACACUACAGAAGUAGAUACUGGAAUACAUGUCCCUUCAGAAGAUAUUCCAGAGACGAUGGAUGAGGAUUCUUCUUUGAGAGAUUAUACUGUAAGCAUGGACUCUGACAUGGAAGAACCAUCUAAAUUUCUCCAGGAUUAUGACAUGCGAGCUAGCAAUCACAGGGAUCAAUUAAGUCCCUGCCCCAGCUCAGUAAGUACUAAAUCACAGGCAGGUAGCAGCGCUUCUUCAAGUUCGGGGGUUAAAAUGACUAGCUUUGCAGAGCAGAAAUUCAGGAAGUUGAAUCACACAGAUAGUAGAAGCAGUGGAAGUAGUUCUCAGAAAACCACACCAGAAGGUUCUGAGCUGAACAUCCCUCAUGUAGUUGCUUGGACUCAUAUUCCCGAGGAGGCGUCUGUUCCUCAAGGAAGAGACACUACACAGUUACUGGCUUCUGAAAUGGUACAUCUUAGGAUGAAGCUAGAGGAAAAGAGGCGAGCCAUUGAAGCACAGAAGAAGAAAGUUGAAGCUGCAUUCACAAAGCAGCGUCAGAAGAUGGGAAGAACGGCAUUUCUUAAUGUUGUGAAAAAGAAAGGUGAUGGAGUAUCACCUCUCCGAGAAGAAGCAGCAGGAGCUGAAGAUGAGAAGGUUUUCACUGACAAUAAUCAGUUGAAAGACAAAGAAACUCAAAAAUCAGAUGAGCAAACUAGUAAGACUUCAGAUUUAAUAAAAGAAAACCCUGAAAACUCUCAUAGCAAAUGGUUCAAAUCUCCCGCUACUCCUAUGGAUGCUGAAAAGCAGUGGAGUUUAGCAAGCCCCUCAGAAGAAAACUUGAAUGAAGGAGAUAUCUUAGAAUAUACAAAAUCUAUUGAAAAACUAAACUCUUCUCUACACUUUUUGCAACAAGAAAUGCAGCGUUUAUCCCUUCAACAGGAGAUGUUGAUGCAGAUGAGAGAGCAACAGGCUUGGGUUAUUUCUCCUCCUCAGCCUUCUCCUCAGAAGCAGAUUCGGGACUUUAAGUCUUCAUCAAGGCAAACAGGAACCCCGACUCCCAUUGCGCCUUUCUCACAGGAAUCUCCUCGCUCUACACAUCAAUCUCCACAGUCUUCCAACAGGAAGAAUGCCUCUUUUCACAUUAAAAUGCAAAGGACUCCUAGGCCAAAUGAACUGAAAAUAACACCUCUCAAUCGUACCUUGACUGCCCCGCGGUCUGUGGAUAGUCUUCCACGUUUGAGGAGAUUUUCUCCAAGUCAGGUUCCCAUUCAGACUAGAUCAUUUGUUUGCUUUGGAGACGAUGGUGAACAAAUAAGUGAACCUCAGUUAAGGGGAAAUCUUUCAAAGGAAGUCAAGCCUACAGAAGAAGUACCAAAAGAAGAAGGACCAAAAUUGCUGAAACAGUGUGAACAGAAUUUGGAGGAAAAGGAGAUUAAGCCUAUAGAAUCUAAUGUUUCUGAAGUAUUAUCUCAGCCUAUCACAGAAACUGUCUGCCUCACCCCAAAUGAAGAUCAGCUAAGCCAACCGAUUCUACCACCAUCAGCUCCCAAAACAGCUAACUUAAUUGAAGUUUCCCUGUCAGAUUUGAAGCCACCAGAAAAAAAUGAAGUAUCUGUUGAGAAAUAUGAAGGUGAGAGUGAUAGAGAACAAUUUGAGGAUGACCAGAAAGUGUGUUGUGGAUUCUUUUUUAAGGAUGAUCAAAAGGCAGAAAAUGAUAUGGCAAUGAAACGAGCAGCAUUGUUGGAGAAGCGUUUGAGAAGGGAAAGAGAGACUCUGCUUCGAAAGCAGCAGCUGGAAGCAGAACUAGAACAUAAGAAGGAAGAGACAAGACGAAAAACAGAAGAAGAACGUCAGAAAAAGGAGGAUGAACGAGCACGGCGAGAAUUUAUUAAGCAGGAAUAUAUGAGAAGGAAGCAGUUAAAGCUUAUGGAAGACAUGGACACUGUCAUAAAGCCACGUUCCCUCUCAAUCAAACAAAAAAAGCCACGUCCAAAAUCUAUUCAUAGAGAUCAUAUUGAAUCACCUAAGACGCCAAUCAAAGGUCCACCAGGUUCACAGCUUUAUCGUGUUUUUUCAGUAUCUAGUCUUUCAUUGGCAUCGCUGAAUACAGGGGACAAUGAGAGUGUGCAGUCAGGCAAGAGAACACCAAGGUCUGAGUCGGUGGAAGGAUUCUUAUCUCCAAGUCGCUGUGGUAGUCGUAAUGGAGAAAAAGAUUGGGAAAAUGCAUCUACAACUUCUUCAGUCGCCUCUGCUACAGAAUACACAGGACCAAAGCUCUUCAAAGAACCUAGUGCUAAAUCCAAUAAGUAUAUAAUUCAGAAUGCGCUGGCACAUUGCUGCUUGGCUGGAAAAGUAAAUGAAGGUCAAAAGAAAAAGAUACUGGAGGAAAUGGAAAAAUCCGAUGCCAAUAACUUCUUAAUCUUGUUCCGGGAUUCAGGCUGCCAGUUCAGAUCUCUGUAUACAUACUGCCCUGAUACUGAAGAAAUCAAUAAAUUAACGGGAAUAGGUCCCAAAUCUAUCACAAAGAAAAUGAUAGAGGGACUGUAUAAAUACAACUCUGACAGGAAGCAAUUUAGCCACAUACCUGCUAAAACUUUGUCUGCCAGUGUUGAUGCAAUUACCAUUCACAGCCAUUUGUGGCAAACCAAGAGACCAGUAACUCCUAAGAAACUUCUACCCACCAAGGCAUAGUAGAUGGGAAAAAAUUUGCUUCAGACAAUUAUGAUAAACUUGCACUUCAUCUUUACUGCCUAUAGGAAAUAGAUUUCUAGUUGCCAACAAGACUCUUAGAACUUAAACUGGACACCCAAGUUCUAUUAUCAUGUCCAACUGGAAUGUAAACACAGUGUUUAGGAGUGCAGAAGAUUAUCGCUUAGGUGAUUACAGAAAUGUUUGACUUGUGUGGAGAUUUGUAUGUGCUAAUACAAUAUAUAGAGUAUAUUUGCUCUGUAUUUUGAUUAGAAACACUGAAGCACUGAAUGUUCCUCUUUAGUGACUCAAACUACUUUUUUUUUUACAUCUGUUGCCUUAUAUGUUUGUAUUUGUGCUUGUCUUGAAAUAUUUUUUCUUUCACUAAAAGAAUACUUCUUAAUAUUCUCAAUACCAUUGAACUUUGCAUACAGACUUACAGUAAAGACUAAACGAGAAGUUGUGUAUCACCGAAAAACAGCUGAAUGGGUCUGUUCUGCAAGAUCCUUAUUGUGUAUUGUGACAAAAUCAAGAUUCAUUCCCCUCAAUAUUUACAAUUCCUUUUCAAUUAAAUAAUAUUGAUUUUCUCAUAGACUAAACAGUAAAGGAAGAACCUUUGAACUGCUUGAAGCUUCCUUCAAAUAAAUUAUUUAACAACUCAGGGUAUAGUUCGGUGAUGCAGUUAUUCCUGUUUCAGUAAGUUGCCAUCUGGGAUGUAAUGACUGACCAUGUGCGUGUUCCUAAUAGCAUUAAAAUGUAAAGUAAAAAAUUUGGUGGACCUCUAAAACAGUUGAAGCAAAUGUGCUUUAUUCUGCAUUGUGCCAGAUGAAGAGCGAGCACAUGGUCAGGUACUGCUUCUCCAGGGAAAGAAUAGGAACUUGUGAGUUAGGUCCCUGAUGUUUGCCUGACAGAACACUAAAAAUAUUCAGAAGAAUCACAGAAUUCACUAAGUCACAGACCUUUCAGAAGUCAUUUAUCUUAUUCCCGUUGAUUUUACUAUCCAGGCCACUGUCUGUUCUUCCUGCCUUCAGACCCGCCAGCUCAGACAAAGACAUCUGAUAAGAAUUUUCAGUGUGUCCUAGUAAAUUGUAUUGUUGACGCAAUCUGACAGAUGAUGUCUUGUGACACUGAGCGAUUUUAAAUACAUAUGGCAAAAAAAGCCUAAAUGACAUUUCAGUAAUGUAUAAUAUGGCCACUUACAAAACCAAACUCUAGGCAUACUUCAGUAUUAUUUACCAAGGGCUGCAUUUUAUUUCAAAACAGUAUUUGAUUAUUUUAUAGAUCACUACUCCGUUUCAGUGUUUGUUUCUCUUAUAAUUUGCUUUUAACAUAGCACUGUUCUAGGAGAAAAAAACAAAAAGAAACUACAAACUUGAAGCCUCCCUUAAAUCUGUGGCUAUUUUGAUAAUGUACACAAUGUACACCAGAGGAUUUGUUGGGGGAAAAAUAUCUCAUUCUCAGGAAAAGACUUGAAUGAUUUGUGAUUCUGUUCUGUUUCAGUGUUGUGACAACUACAUUAACAUAAGACAGUAUUGUGCUGUAAGUAUGUAGUCCAUUCUGUUUCAUGAGGAGACUAAAACUAUGUCCAUAUUUCUCUCAUUAAACUGCUUUGAGAGAAACUAUGCGUCACUACGAUGAUGUACUCAUUUACUUCUACAAAAGAUGCACAGGAAUGAGAUGUCAUUAAGCAGGUUAGAACAGUACUUUUUUUAAAUUAUUAUAAGGCCUUAGGCAUCAAUGCAUCUGGUUAUCAACAUUUUCUCAAAAAUGCUGUCAGUUUUACUGUAAUUUAUGUUCUUAUAUUUAUGUAUAUUUGUUAAAACUGUAAAAAAAAGAAAAACACUUUAAAAUACAUGUUUAAUAUGUAUGUGGCUCAAAACUAUUUGUGGUUAGCUGAUUCCUACUGUUUGCAUGUAUAUCACCAGGAUAUGUAACUCUUAUAUUUCAAGUGUAUACAGAUCAUGUAUAUAGGAUAUAAAUAAUAUUAAAAAGGGGGGAAGAGGGUUUGCACAUUCUGCCUGUUAGACAGUUCCUAUAAACACUAUGUAGGAACAUCCUGAAUAACAGUAUGAAACUGUGUAUAAUAUACAGUGAUUCGAGAGACCAGGAGGUUGGAAUUAAGUGAAACACGUGCAGUGAACAACUUCAAGAGAAGUUUUAUCAUUGGAGGCUUUUUAUUUCCAAAAUCUGUACUAGGAUUUAACUGAAGAUUUGCAACACCACAAAGACACAUGCUUCAACCUAAUCCAAGUGAGCUUAAAUGACAGGAAUUCUUUGAGUAAUUUUAAAUAUAUCUGAAUGUAUUAUGAAAUUUACGUUUGUCAACAGGUUAAAGAUUUGUGCAAUGUCUAAAAGUAGAAUGUGAAUAAUGCAGUUGAAAAUUUCAUUGCUCGCAGUAUAAAGUUUUACUUACCACAGGAAAAGUAAAGCUAGAUACGCUUUUCCUUUUUAAGCCUGCAAAUUUUCUAAUUACAGUGGAUCUUUGGUUGGGAUCAUGUUUAAAAAAAGAAAAAAAAAAAGGAAAAAAAAAAAAAAAAAGGAAGCUUUCCAUAAAGGCCAGUAUUUAUCACUGACCUUUUCCGAACACACUGGUGCUUUCAUCAGGGGUAUUAUUAUUGUUGCUACGACUGAAUUGCCAAACUCUCGUCUUAGUUUUUGGAGCAAAAUUUCAUAUUCUAACAGUCAUAAUAGCUACUGAAAUCUUUUUUUUUUUUUUUUAUGUUAGUAUGACUGUUAGUUUUUAUUAUUUGGCUGUUUAAAGCCAAAUUCAGCUUAUUUAAUUAUGAUUUAAUGGGCACUGUUGAAAAAUGUACAGUGUAUUGUGUGCUUACUUGUCCACUUCUAUGGAGCAUAGCUUCCAUAUUUUUUCAAAUGCUGUGCUGUAAAAUAUUGUCAUUGCUACUUAUGUGGUACAGUGUAGUUUUUUCCUUUCAUUUAAAUAAAAGCAUGGCACCAAAA